AACGUCAGCUCGAGGAUGUGGUCUUUUAUAAGAGCGGAAACUGUCCAGUGUUCGGUUCCACAGCAAUCUCACAGCGAGAGUGGACCACGGAGAAUCGACAGCGACAUGAAGACGAGCACUCUGGAGGCGUGGCUGCUGCCGAGGUGGUAUAGAGAAGUGCGCCGGGAUGUGGACAUUAUGGACCGUCGCAAGUCCAUUGUCAAUCCCCGGAACCUGAUCAUCUGUGUUACAACCUGCACCGUUGCAGCAGUCUGGGCCGUCAUUUUUGCAGCUCUCUAUUUUUACUUUUUUGGACAGUCUGGUAGUCAGUCACCGGUGGUACACAAUGUGACACAAGUGAGGACCAUGCAACCCUAUCAGCGGGAGUUACUGCCCUGGUACAUGGAUGGUCCUAUCCAACCUACCACAACACCACACGACAACCAGGUGGCACUCUGGCACCACCAGAUACCUCAUGAUCCCUUCCAGAGGCUGCUCAACCAACUCAUGUUUUUACCAAAAGGGAAUGGAGACACCAAAAUCGUUCUUUUCUGGUCAGACUGGUCUCCGAGGGAAACUGUUGAUUAUAAGACGCAGCAGUGUCCUGUCAAGUCAUGUGUGUUUACCAACUCACGCAAAUCAUUCAACAAGGCCAGUGCUGUUGUCUUCAGAGGACCUGCCAAACUGUUGAGUGACUUUCCUCAUGAAGAAAGACCUAAUUCACAGGUGUGGAUAUUCAACAGCCUAACAAUGCCAGGGGAAGCGUAUGUCCACCCCAGAGAUGUGUUCAACUGGACGGCCACCCCACGGUUGGAUGCAGAUAUCCCCAUGUUUCCCCAUGGGGUCUGGUUAUAUUACAACCCCUUGUGGAAACAUCAGGACCCUCCCAUGAACCUGGUGGGCCAGAAGACUCUGGCUGCGGCUGCUUGGUUUCCAAGGACUUGUGAUGAGCGCAGCCGAGCGUACGAAUACGUGAAUAGGCUGGUGCACUUCACACUGGUGGAUGGGUUUGGUGACCAUCCGGCUUGUGGGGACCGGUGCCCUCAGGGUCGCACCGAGAUCUGUCUCAAACUGCUGGCCGACAAGUACCGGGUCACUCUGGUGCUGGAGGACAGGCUCUGCAAUCACACUAUCCCUAACAUGUUCUAUGUUGCUCUGCAAGCGAACACAGUGCCAGUAGUGAUGUGGCCGCCUCGUUCAGUUUACGAGCAGUUGGUGCCAGAGGGCUCGUUCAUCCACACAGAUGACUUCCCUUCCCCUCGGGAUCUGGCCUGGCACCUGGACACCAUCUACAAUGAUGACAUGGUCUUCAACAGAUAUCUCAGCUGGCAAGGCACUGGACUCUUUGUCAAAUCGUGGUACUGUCGACUAUGUGCGAUGUUGCAUCACAACAGCAUGCCAGAUCUAACCAUUGAGGAUAUAAACCAAUGGUGGGACCCAGAUGGGGAGUGCUUCUCAUGACCUCAAUAUGAUUCUAGACUGAAAGGCCUAUAAGGCAUAAUUUAAUUUAUAAUUAAUUGCAUUGUAUUAUAGAUUAAGUUAAAGAUUUAUCAUAAAUGAUGUUGCAAAGCAAUACGAAUGGAAAGGAAAAUAAAUAUAUAGUUUUAACUUCACUUUUUGUUAUGUGGGUUGCAUACUUUCAAUACAUUAUUUUGUAAUUGAUUUUUGUGUUUACAUUCCAACAUUUAGCAACAAGCCAUUAGACUUUUAUUGAUUUGACUUUGCUAUGUUUUACUCAUGUAAAACAUGUUAAAAUAUGUGUAAAAUAUGAUUAAUAACCAUAAAAGUACAAAAAUCAUAACUAUUUAAAAUAUUCCAUGAUGGUGUAAAAAUUAUGCUGUGAGUACUUUUGUAAUUACUUAUAAUAAAUUAAGUGAGCUCUUUUCUUUAAUGCCACUUUCUUUUGUAGUUUCUCAAAAUUAAAUACUUAAUAUUACUAGUUUAUAAGGAUCUUGAAUUAUAUUAAAAAGGUAAAAUAACACAGUUAACCAUGUAUCAAUUUUUUCACAAUGUCUUCCCAAAUGCUAUUGCUAUGAUUAAUAUUAAUUAAUACUGAUUGUUACCUAGUCAUAUUAUAUAAGUGAUAUUUCCUGCUAAAUGCAAUAAAAACUAUAAGAAUUUGAGAGAUUUAAUUAUUUUGAUUUCUCUGAAUUCCUAUAGAAAAAUGCUUAGAUAAAUCUUUGUAAGCAUUUUUAGUGCCUUUAAACUAAUGUUUAUUUGUAAACAAUGUAAAUUACAAUGAAUAGUACUUUUAGUCAAAUUUAGGUCUGACGGGAUUGUCGAUGCAAGUUAUGUACAUUUGUAUAAUUUUAAAAUCAUUGUUUAUUUGUAAAUUAUUUUGUAAAUAUUUUCAUAAGUAUAUGUGUAUAUUUUUCCAUAGUAGUUUCUUUUGUUUGUGUUUAAGAACUACAUUUCUUAGCCUACACAAUUGUUUACCUUUGUUUAUCUACAAGUUGAAAGCCAAAGUUUAUAUAUCUAUGUAUUAAAGUAUUUUUAAAUACAAAA